AUGUCUUACAAAGGAAUUAUAGCAAUAUUGGCCACAAUAGCAAACUUUUUGGUUCCAUGUUGCUACUCUGUUAACCGACAUUGCGAUUAUUACCAAUACAUAAAGCUCAAUCAACAAUUUAUCAUUCACAAUGCAGAAUAUCCAAGAUACUACGGUUCAAAAGUGAACUGCAGAUGGAUUGCAGAAGGACCUCCGGGCACGCAAAUUCAAUUGAACUGUAAGGACGUGCGAAUUCCAGAGUCCAGAGAAUGCGCUUACGAUCAUUUGGCUAUCGAUCAAUCCAGAGACACUUCCUUGAAAGACCCACCAACUUAUUGCGGGUCUGGUUCACUUUACAUAACUUCCGAUGAUAACGUCUUUACAGUUGGUAUGAAAAUUGUAUAUAUUGAAUAUAUAAUAUCAAGUAUGUACAAUUUCAGGGUUACGAUCUGCCAGAUUUACCAGAGGUGGAAGAUUUUAUUGCACCCUGACUGCAGUAGAAUCAACGAAACCUCCACUUUGCGAUUGUGGUUACAGACAAGAAAGGCGAAUCGUGGGUGGCGUGGAAACUGA